AUGGCAUCAACACAUUGCGUUUUACUGUCUCUCACGUUACAUCUCAUCGCAUUGGUAAUGCCUCAGGCUGCUGUCGUCGUCAUCAACGAGGUGAACACGCACGACCUCGGAACGGACCGAACAGGAUUCAUCGAGCUGCGAGACACUGGCGGGAAAUCAACGUCACUAGAUGGAUACGUUAUCGUGUUUUUCAACGGAAAGACCGACCGAGCGUACCUAACGGUCAACCUGAAGGGCACCAGAACGCGUUCCGACGGUCUGUUCUUGCUGGACGACACCACCUACAGUCCCAAUUUUAGAUUGGCCGACAGGUUACAGAGUGGAGUACAUGCGAUGGCACUGUAUAGAGCAUCUGCAUCGCGUUUUCCUUUUGGAGCUCUUCCUACGCAGUCUGGUUUGGUCGACGCGGUCGUGUACGGUAGCUGCGACUACACGUGCACUGACAACGGCUUGAUACAAGCGUUUGUUUACGGACAAAAACAGUUGAAAAUCGACGCUCCGUGUCGACUACAGAACGUGUCGCUGAGCCGCUGCGGCAACGACCAACAGAUGAAUCAGUCAGCGUUUGUGCCAGCGAGUGCGACACCGGGAACGCCCAACGACUGCAGUUCAACGUUGACGCCCACGACCGGGGCACCGCCGACGUCGGUACCAGCCACAACAAGAAAGAACAUAACGACUUCGUGUCGACCAGUAAAAAUCGCUGAUUAUCUGGUGAUCAACGAAGUAAACGCUGAUAGCCCUGGUUCUACAGACACCGGAGAGUUUAUUGAGUUGUCAGACGGCGGUCUGGGUAACCGAGCACUGGAUGGUUAUGUCGUUGUGCUGUACGCGGGAUCAAGAUCUGCGGAAGUAACAAAGGCAAUUAGCUUGAAUAAUCACGUGACGAGGUCAAACGGUCUAUUUAUAAUAGGCGGAAGACACGUCCAUUCUGACAUUAAGAUGGACGACGAUUUCUUAUCUGACACGGCAGCGGCUGUAGCAAUACACAGAGGCAGGGUUACGGACUUCCCCCGAGGUAAAGAUGUCUCUGCAAAGGACCUUGUUGAUGCUGUUGUUUAUACAAAGUAUCAUGGACUAGCAAUCGUUAUUAUAAACGCGCUUCUUCCCGGACAGGAGCGAAUACGAGAACUAGAGACGCAUCACCCCGCAGAUGAAACAAUUAAUCGAUGUUACUGUCAACCGCGUCUUCUCUCAUCUUUCCAUCUAGAGCCACAGACUCCCGGCCAACCAAACGACUGCAAGGGGUACGUAUCCCCACCGGCUUUUCCCAUUUAUAUCAAUGAGCUCAACGCGGACACUCCGGGUACCGACGCUCAUGAAUUCGUCGAGUUGUACGACGGAGGUGUAGGAUUUAGUUGUCUCGACGACUUGGCGUUGGUAUUUUUCAGCGCAGGAUCGAAGGGAACAGACGACAAGGCGUACAGAGUGAUCAACUUGUCGGGAUACCAAACAAAUCGAAACGGCUACUUCGUCGUUGCACAAGCCGCCGUCAAUGUCUCGGGUUCGUCAUCCGCUGAUGUAAUCUUUAGCAAAAGCUUUAUUCAAAACGGUGCAGACGCUGUAGCGCUGUACAAUGUUUCCAACGGUACUCACUCUGUUGGAAGUGCUGCAAAGCGGGAGGGACUGACGGACGCGGUCGUCUACAGCAACACGAGAUCGCCGACUGCUUCUAGACUCCUCGAUGUGCUAAUGCCGGAACAGCAGCAGAUUUACGAAAAUUCCAGAUUCAAUGCGGAGGAUGAGUCAAUAAGUAGGUGCACCCGCUGUAAGUCGUCGUUCAGUCAAGCGUUCACUCUUAGCGAAAUUUCGCCGGGUGGACCAAACGACUGUGUUGGAUUCUCUUUAAGAAAUUAUCCCAAACAAAACGUCGUCAUCAAUGAGCUGAAUGCUGAUAACCCUAAAUUCGACAACAAGGAGUUCAUCGAGCUGUAUGAUGGAGGACGGGGUGAAACGUGUCUCUACAACAUGACUCUCGUAUUGUACAACGGCGGGCCGCCGGGAAAGAGCUGGGCGUUCGCUUACUACGUGAAAGAUCUCUCUCAAUACGGUACUGACGAGAACGGUUUCCUCCUUGUCGGUUCAGCGAAUCUCAAGCCUGACAUUGUACUCUCGUUAUAUAGUUUACAGAAUGGAGCAGACGCGGUCGUUUUGUACAGAGGAUCAGCCGCAGACCAUCCGAUGAAGAGUAAACCUACAUCUAGUGGUCUCGUUGACGCGGUGGUUUACAGCAACAGUAGUACAAGUGCAGUCACUCUGCUAGCUCUGCUGACUCCCGGACAAGUACAAGUAAAAGAGGACGCAACAUUCAGAGUAGGAGACGAAACCAUAAGUCGAUGUCUCAGCAACAAGACACGGGAUUUGUCGGCAUUCUCGCUAACCGUUCCCACGCCUAGGAAACCCAACAACUGCUCGAGUGUCAUCGGAAACCCUGGAAGCACGCAAACAACAAGCACAACGACAUCUCAGGCAACUUCACUAAGUUCAACAACUCAGAUUACGACGACGGUACCUGCUACUACAACUAGCUCUACAAACGCUCAGUCUUCGACGUCCUCAACUCUAUCGCCGUCUAUGACCGCGCAAUUGCGAACUAAUACACCCCGUCCGCUCCCGGGCGUCUUUAUUAACGAAAUAAGCGCAGACCAGCCCGGACUCGACGCUUACGAGUUUGUCGAGCUGUACGACAACGGAGCGGCGUAUACUCGACUCGACGGACUUCUCCUCGUGUUCUUUAACGGCAACGGAGACUCGUCUUACCUUACCGUCGAUCUCAACGGCAAAACGACAAACAACCGCGGCUAUUUCGUUGUUGGUUCGCAAGCCGUUCUCGGCGACCUUACUGCUCCGUCGGCAGUGAGUAUUCAAAUCGACGGAGGAAAGUAUGGGUUUAUACAGAACGGAGCGGAUGCGGUGGCUCUCUAUCGUGCACCGGCGUCCAAAUUUCCUAACGGGACGUCGGUGACCAAGACGGGUCUAGUAGAUGCCGUCGUUUACGGUACCAACGACAAAGACGACGAUGGUCUGCUUGGGGUGCUCACCCCAGGAGGACAUCAGAUCAACAUCAAUUUAUCACCCUUAACUAACAGGUCGAUAAGCCGUUGUAAUUGCUGCAGUCGAUCGGAUCCAUCUUCACACUCUAUACGACCACCGACUCCGCUUGAUAAAAAUUUCUGUGGUGGUGUUCCCACAUCGCGAAAGCCGACGUCUAUACCCCUUGUCACUGUCGACACAACGCGGCAGACCACUCGUCGUCGAUCGACAUCUCAUAUCAAAACGGCGACGCCAUCCGGGAAGAACCGAGAUGCGAUUCAAGGUUUUGUCAUCAAUGAGAUAAAUGUUGAUCAGCCUGGUGACGAUAUGGCUGAGUUUGUUGAGCUGUAUGACGGCGGGAGAGGAGAGAUAUCAAUGAAUAGCGUCCUUCUUGUUUUCUUUAAUGGAAACUUGGAUGACAGAGCGUAUAGAGUGAUCGAUCUUUCUGGUAGGACCACUUCCAGUGAAGGCUACUUUGUUGUGGGAACACCAUCCGUCAUACCGCCUCCACAUUUGGUCAUCACUGACGCGACACCCAGCAACCCACUUCUUCAGAACGGACCGGACGCUGUGGCGUUAUACAACUCGACUAUACAAAGUUUCCGUCAACAUGACAGACCAAAAAUCGAAGGGCUGAUUGAUGUAGUCGUGUACGGUACCGGAGACCCCGACGACCAGACCCUGUUGAACAUCCUGGCACCGGGACAAAGUCAGGUGAACGAAAAUUCGACUCAUCACGUACACGACGAAUCAAUAAGCAGAUGUUCAUGCUGUCAGCCACGAAGUCUCACCGCCUUUGUCAUAACUCAUCCACCAACGCCGGGAAGCGUAAAUGCGUGUAGAAAGCGUAAUAUUAGAGUGCAACUAGACAGCGACGACUGUCGCAAUUGGAUGGCAACGGAUACCACAGAGGUUCUAACCUAUGUAGCAGAGUUUGUGAAGAAAAUGUGCAACUGUUCCUUUGCUGUUGGACGAAACUUGUUCGCUGAUGGAAGCGCGGCAUGUGAAGUUGAGCGUCUGGUCGUUAACGCUCUUAUUGUGGAAAACGAAGACGAGCUAUUGGACAGAGACAUAAAAUUGUUUGAAGAUUUUCUAAAAGCUACUCAAACUAUUUCUAUCGGGAAGAGUCAGUAUCGUGUUAGUAGCCACUGCUGCUCCUCAGCCACGCCAACGGCUGCCAACACGGAAACGAUCAAAGACAAGGCCAGUUCAGGACUCACUCUGCCUAUAAUAAUUUCCGUUGCAUGCGGGAGUGUGGCUGCUAUUCUUCUCAUUUCAUUCAUCAUCUUCAUGUGCUUUCGGCAGAAAAGAAUGUCGCCCAUCAGCGGAAUCAGAACAGGCGGCAGCGUAGAACUGGCCGACUCAGACAUGGAGGGAAAGUUCAAGCGCAGCAGCUUGGUGUUUGAGAAUCCGUACUACGCAGAGUCUGCAGCUCUGCAGUACGAGGGCCGCGUGAAAACACAAGAAUUCGUAACCAGGCAAGACAGUUUUUCCUAGCUUUGAAAUGUCAGUUUUAUAAUUCGUAGCUUUCAAGUUGCUAAAUAACUCAAUGCCGUGCUAUACAUACAUUUUACUCCUCCAAUACAGACGUUUUAUACACAGCAGUUUUCAAUGAUUCAGAUUGUAAUGACCACGAUUCUAGACCGUUUGGUGUAGCUGGAUGUCAGCACGAGGUCAAUCAUACAAGUGAAGU